CACUCUUAUAGAUUUAGGUCUGAUAAUGGGUUUACUUUGCUUUAUUUCACAUCCUUCAAUUUUCGUUAUGUUCAGUUCUAAAAGACGUAUACUUGAUGGGAGAUUAAUGUAAUAUGUCCAUUGUUAUGCGGACGUAAGAAUAAAGAAAGCUUAUCGGAAAAAGCCAUUGACGUAAUAGCUGGGAACCGAAGCCAUAACAACAAUAACAUGAUGAACACAGUCGCAUGCUUAUUUUUUUUCACAGUAGUGUCGAAUGGUGUAUGCGGUUUGGAUUUGAGUCGGAGAAAUAAAACAGAACUUUUUCGUCGCAUUAUAAGCGCCGAAUGUGCAGAGUUUGGAGAAGUGGUACAUGGAACAGUUUCCAAAAUCAAUGCAACUAGUGUCCAAGGCGUACAUAUAGAAUGUGACGAAGGAUAUGAUCUCACUGGUGGGCCGAAAGUAUUGUGUAAUGAUGGUCGGUGGGAUGCAGCCCCUCGCCCUAUGUGUGCUAAACGGUGCAAACCACCACCGCUGCUGCGCGAUGGAGGAGUCAGUGUCGAAGCUCGCCAAGAUGGCCCUAACAGCUACCGACACGGGACAAAGGCUAUCUACAGCUGUGGGGUGGGGUUUCAGCUGUCACCACCUGGCAGUCACAUUCGCUCUUGUCACGACGGUGUGUGGACGGGACUGGCUGCCACGUGUGUUUCGAACGGGUGCCCGCCACCACCGUCGGUGGCCGACGGCUACCACGUGCUCGAACCCCUGAGCCCUGCUGCGGUGCCGGUGGUGCCGCACACCGACCACGAGGGGCGGAUCGUGGUGAGCGUGGAGCAGCGAGUCCACUACAGCUGCAACGUGGGCUACACUCUGCAGGGGCCGGCGAGCCUCCAGUGCCUCGCAUCGGGCCAGUGGAAUCCUCGCCAGCCUCCCAAGUGUGUGCGCCAGUACGGACCGCCCACAGAGCCUCCGCCACCACCACCUCCGCCUCUGCCUGGUAUGGAUAUGGAUGCCGACAAAGAAAGAAUUUCAGCACAUGUUGCACCCGAGCUGCCACUGCCGGUCUGCCCGCCGGCCCCAACUCUGCACCACACACAGGUGUCCGUCCUAGACGGGCCACAGACGGCCAACAAUGCAGGUUCGGGUGCUCGGCUGGAGGUGAGGUGCCGCGAAGGCUACCGGGAUCCCGCCGCACCCUGCGUGCCAGCCGUGCUGUACUGUGAGCAGGGUUCCUGGGUGGGCUCACUGCCGAUCUGCGAACCAGUUUCAGACUGUCCACCACCACCGUAUGUGCAACAUGGCACUCUGACACCACUGCCACCGAGAGAAUCGUCAUAUCCUGUGGGAUCGUCUGUUAGCUACAGCUGUGCCACCGGUUAUUUUCUUGAAGGCGAAAGAACUUUGACCUGUGCUGCUACUGGCUGUUGGGAACCAGCCACACUGCCUUCCUGCAAACUUGAGGAGCAGCUUUACGCACUUGCCGGCUGCCCGCCUCCACCGCUCGUGGAGCACAGCACGAUGUCCUCGCCGACGUCGGAGACUUCGUACCCCGUGGGGUCGUCGGUGAGCUACAGCUGCUUCCAGGGCUACGUGCUGGAGGGGGAGCACAUCAUCACCUGCAAUCCCUCCGGCCUCUGGGAGCCUUCCCCGUUGCCGACGUGCAGAGCUGAUCCACAACCUUACGCCUACCUGAGUACGUCGAGUGUGCUGCUCGUGUCCCUCGCAGUGGCCCUCGGUGUCUCACUCAUCCUGCUCGUGGUCUGUGUGGUGGUGGUGUGUCGCCACCAGGGGCCCAAGACACGCCCCGGAGUUCCGUCGCCCUCGUCGUCAACUGGAGGAGGCGGAGGCCACCGCGGUGGCUGUGGCGGACCACCUGGUUCUCUUGGCGGACCACGCCACUCUUCUCCGACAGGAUGCGUUGCCACAUCUGGAGGUGUAUUGCAUGACCCAGACAGGGUCGCCCUUAUCGCAUUUGCUGAUGGAGUUCAGUUGGGAGAGUCGACAGCUCUUCCAACCUACGAAGAGGCGGUGCGUGGGUGCGAUCGCAGCAUGGCUGGCGUCGGUGGCACGGUGGGGGGCGGAGGCACCUCCCUGAGUGCGGGUGGCGGCCAGGGCCACCGCGGCCACGGGCGCGGCCACUGGGCGGGCCUGGGGUCGGGCCGCCGGCCGGUGCACGUGACACGCCAGUCCUCCAGCACGUCCCACACAGCCUCCCUGAGGAGCGGUUCUGCAGCCGGCGACUCUAUGGGGUCUACAGACACCAUGACACCGAGCGAAGUUUCGACAACUGUGACACUAGACACAGUGUCAUCACACACGUGCAGUAGCGGCGUCAGUGGCAGCGGCAGCGGUAGUGGCGGAGCAGCGAGCUGCCGUGCUAUCUGUGGCAGCCUCGCCUCGUUUGACACCAGCUCCGCGCUCAAUACUGAAGGUGUUCCACUUCUCGAGGAAAGUGAACUGGAGGAGGCCGACCUCUCUGGCCCGUGCAAGCGCCGACGCCCGUCACCGGACCCGCCGGGGGUCGCCUGAUGCAGGGUUCACGGGGGGCGGUACUCGCCCCCCUUGCCGCCCCUGUGCCCACUCCCCGUUCCGCCGCCACCGCCUCCGCGCAGGCUGCGCAAGUUGUAAGUCUGGCUCCUGGGCACACGGGAUAGGCUAGAGUUCCCUGUCCUUCGGGGACGGGCUCAGCAGUAGGAAGUGUAAUGGCUGCUUAUUGUCACCCAACUUAUCUGUCUCCACGGCAUUCCAAAGCUACAAGACUCCCGAGUUUCGUAAUCUAAUGCAGUACACAGAAGUGUGUAAUAUGAAAACCAAAUUCUUGUUUAUUCGCUUAAAAGCAAAAAACGGGAUGGCUCUUGGGAACUGAUAGUAAAUUAUUGCUUUUCUGUCAUCCUUUGUUAGCUCUAAUCAAAUUCUUGUUUGUUCCUGUUACUAUAAUUUUUUGUUUACAUGUGGUGUGUAUUAUUCUUUCUCCAUGACUUUGAGUUGUUAACUGUCAGAAAGAUCCUCUUUCAGACUGCGGAUCAUUUAUGUUGAUCGGUUAUCAGAAAUUGAUUGUUAAGAAUAUUUUCUUUUUAAUGUACACUACCUCAUUUUGGAUCUGGAACAACAUACAGUGUUUGAAUGAACAUUUACAAUCUAAUAAUAGUUGCUACUGUAUAUAAAUAUAUCUUAUGCAGUUUCAGGUCUGUGCAUAAAAAAGAAAAACAAAUUGAGGAUUGAUCCUAGUUAUUAAAGAUCUGAGGAGAAAAAGGAAAUAAUCAGGAAAGGCAUAUUUCUAUAGUAUAUAGCAAAAUGGACAUAUAAUAUGCACUAAUCAGAACUGAAAGAUCAAAAUACUUGAAGCACACUUUUAAUGAUGUUUCCUGCAUUGAGAAUCUGUCGUCCAGUUUCCUCUGUUACCACCCUUCGACUGUUCCAGCUAUAGCACUGAAGUCUCCAGUGAACCUUGCAUAGAGGAAGAAAAGUCUUAGAAAAACAAUAUAUUAUUUAUAUCAUCAGGUGUAUAAUUGUAGGUAUAUUUUGCCUUGUUUUCUGUCCCUGCAUCAGUUACCAUAUCACACAUCUUUUAAAAGCUCAUGAGACUGCAUCACAUCCUAUAAUGGUGUGACUAACUCCUAUUAUACUGUCAGAAAACGUUUACAGUGUAAUGUAAAUCCCUCCCUGCCCUAUUAGAAGAAUUUAUAACUUUCAAUUAAAGUUUAAAUCUUGAUAUAGUCUCUGCAACAAAAACUGUUAGCAUUUAUAUUAGUAACUUUGUCGUAGUUAAGUGUUGUGAAAGUAUAAAAUUAUAAAACCUAUGGUAAUGUAUUA